AUGGGGGUGGACUACUACGCGAUUCUCUGUCUCACCAGGAGCGCCACCGACGCUGACAUCAAGAAACUGUACAGGAAGCUGUCUCUAAAGUAUCACCCAGAAAAAAACCCAGGAGACCAGGAUGCGGCCGAUAAGUUCAUGCAGGUUGCUGAGGCCUUCGAUGUCUUAUCAGAUCCUAGAAAACGUGCAGUCUAUGACCAGUUCGGUGAAGAGGGUCUCAAGAGAGGGGUGCCUGUCGGAAGCGGAGAAGCUGGUGCAUGGACUUAUGGGUACACAUUUCAUGGAAAUGCAGAGAAAGUCUUCAGAGAUUUCUUUGGCGGUGAUAAUCCAUUUCAAGACCCUCCCAUUGAGAGAGACUUGUAUCUGAGCCUGGAGGAGGUCUAUCAUGGCUGUACAAAGAAAAUGAAAAUUUCCAGAAGGGUCAUGAAUGAAGAUGGGCACACGUCAAGCAUCCGUGACAAAAUCCUGACCAUUGAUGUGAAGCGAGGCUGGAAGCCGGGGACAAAGAUUACAUUUACUCAAGAAGGUGACCAGGGUCCUAACAACAUACCUGCCGAUAUUGUGUUCAUUGUCAAGGACAAGCCACAUCCCAGAUUUCGACGUGAAGGUGCAAAUCUGAUCUUCACAGCAAAGUUGCCUCUGGGCCGGGCACUCACCGGCUGUACAGUUUCCAUUCACACACUGGAUGAGAAAAUUUUACACAUACCCAUCACUGACAUUGUCAA